GUUUAUAGUUGGCAACACCUGCAAAGCCUGAGAUUUUUUCUUUUCUCUUAUUUGUUUUUUUCCAACAUUGGAUAUUUUUUUUUGGUUGCCGGUGCUUCCCGAGGAGGAUUUGGACAUUUUUGUGUGUUUUCCCCCCUUGGCUGGAAGAGGAAAUGCGACCGGGGAUCCCUUGAAGAAGAAGAAGAAGAAGAGCGCAAAUAACUGAGAGAUCCGCCGAAAAGGAGCGUUCCUGUGUGUGCAGCUGCCGUCAAACCCCAGAAUCAAACCCAGAGGAGGACCGCUACGGGACGCGAUGGACCGGCAGUUCUGACAAAAAGAAGUUUGAUUAAGAAGAAGAAGACGCAAAACACAAGAUUGAUGCGUUUCUCCACUAACCCAACCGCGCGUUUUGGCACUUAUUUGGACCGCGCGUAAAGAGAGAGAGAGAAUAAACAAAAAGAGGACAGCGAGAACUUGGACACAAGAUUUACGCGAAACACAUCCCUGCUGUAUAGUCUAUUUAGAAAAAGAAAAAGCGUGUGUGCGUGUCCCUGUGUCGCUGAAGAAGCCGCGCACAUCCCCUCCAGUUCUGCGGCACAUGUUGUAGCCCAUUUCGUAUAUGAGUUUUUCAAUUUGCGUGUCCCAGUGCACAGACUCUUUAGCGGCUAGUAUGGACGAUCAAGCCCGGAUCAUGCAGUCGAUCGGCGGCGUGAGUCUGGCCGGCCACUCGGUGCAGGGAGGCAUGGUGCUGCCGCCCCCCCACGGACACGACGGCUCGGACGGGGACGGAAGAAAACAAGACAUUGGUGACAUUCUCCAUCAAAUCAUGACCAUAACCGAUCAGAGUCUGGACGAGGCGCAAGCAAAGAAACAUGGACUGAACUGUCACAGAAUGAAACCAGCACUCUUCAGCGUUCUCUGUGAAAUCAAAGAAAAGACAGGUCUCAGCAUCCGCGGUGCCCAGGAGGAGGACCCCCCGGACCCCCAGCUCAUGCGUUUAGACAACAUGCUGCUGGCGGAGGGCGUGGCGGGACCAGAGAAAGGGGGCGGAUCCGCCGCCGCCGCCGCAGCAGCCGCGGCCUCGGGCGGAGCGGCCGACAACUCCAUCGAACAUUCCGACUACAGAGCCAAACUCACCCAGAUCAGACAGAUCUAUCACACAGAGCUGGAGAAAUACGAACAGGCGUGUAAUGAAUUCACCACACAUGUGAUGAACCUGCUGAGGGAACAGUCUCGCACGCGGCCCAUCUCUCCUAAAGAGAUCGAGCGCAUGGUGGGAAUCAUCCACCGCAAGUUCAGCUCCAUCCAGAUGCAACUGAAACAGAGCACCUGUGAGGCUGUCAUGAUCCUGCGCUCCAGAUUCCUUGAUGCCAGGCGGAAAAGGAGAAACUUCAGCAAGCAGGCGACGGAAAUUUUGAACGAAUAUUUCUACUCGCACCUCAGCAACCCGUAUCCCAGCGAGGAGGCUAAGGAGGAGCUGGCCAAGAAGUGCAGCAUCACAGUUUCCCAGGGGGUGGGAAGCACCAUCACAGUAUCACAGGUAUCCAACUGGUUUGGCAACAAAAGGAUCCGGUACAAGAAAAAUAUCGGCAAGUUUCAAGAAGAGGCCAACCUGUAUGCCGCCAAGACUGCUGUAAAUGCGGCACACGCUGCAGCCACUGCAGUGCAGAACAGCCAGGCCAACUCCCCUACCACACCUAACUCCGGAUUCCAGAUGAAAGAUGAAGAGUUUCAGCUGGAUUCUGCAGAGAGCAAAAACACUCUUUUAAGCAACAUGUUUACUGGUGGAUACCCUGCGCCAUGUUAUCAGUCAGACGGCCGGAUACAAUGAUGCUCUUAGGGGAAACACCAUGUACAGUCCACAUUAAAUGCUAAUGGGGGAUGGCAAGAUGCAGCGACUCCGUCUUCUGUAAUAUCCCCGACAGAAGGACCUGGAAGUGUGCACUCCGAUACCUCGAAUUGAUCCGCCAUUAAUGCAUCUCCUCCUCAACCUGGGCAUGGACUCUUUUACUGGCUGAUCCAACAGCAGAGGAUAUUUAAAAAAAAUCACGACAGAUUUGUUUUCCUUUACCUUAAAAAUGUUCCACCGCCACACGCCACACGAACAGCAUCCUCCAUCACAGACACCAAGUGAUUCCUGAUUGUUGAUCCGUGUUUUUCUUUCUGCCUUCAUACGUCAACCAUGCUCUUAUUUGAUUGUCAUAGGAGUAAGCACACACAAAUGUAUAAAUAAAGAACAGCCCUCAGAUGUUACUCAGCAAACUUUCUCUGCUCUGAACUCAAAUUACUGGAGGACACUUGUGUAUUUAAGAUGACAUUUUAAACCGCCCUUUGUUUGAUUCUUGAUUCAAUUACACCUCUCCAUUUUGAUGAUUGCUUUCUCUUCGCAUUCUUACAGUACGUAGAUUAAAGCAGCUGUUUCUUUGACUGUAAUGUGCUCCACAUCUUGUCCAGCAACUCAACAAUGCUAAUGUUGACAGCUCAAUGGCAGCUUUGUAGUUGCGUUCAAGAUUUAUUUUCGCCUUACAGCCCUUUACAUUAGUACCAGAGAAUGACUAUUCAAACUCUGGAACAUAAAGAAGUGUAAUUGAUUGCUUGACUAUAACAUGACACCAUUCCAUAUUUUAUAAUUUGAUGUUUAGUAUGUACAUAUGUAAACAUUUUUUUGUACUGCUUAUGGAAAUCAACAAAUCCCCCCCAACGGUAGAUCAUUCCUUCAUGGCACAGGAGCAGGCCCCCAUUACGCAGGAAAAGUUGUACAUAACAUAGCUAAAGAGUAAUUAUACAUCCCAUCCGUCAAUCCACAGCUUUAUUACCUCAUUCAAAUUCACACACACCAAUAAUUUCCAACUUUUCUGUAGCUUAGAGUGCUCACUUACUACCUCUAAACAAAAAUCACCACAUCAUCCUUUCUUUUGUCCUUAUUUAAUGUUUUUAUGUAGUUAUUUUUGAUGACAUCUUGUAACACUGUAAACUCUAUCAUUCUCUAUGUAAUCUAAUGUAUAUUUUAAUCUUUUAAUAAAAUACUGUUGCGGUA